CGCACAUAGUCGGAUCGCUCUGCAUGCAGGACGUAAUUCGCCAUGAGCGAGAACGCGCCGUUGCGCGCCGCAUCACCGCUCCCGACUUAGCGAAAUGGCCGAAUAGCUCCCUCGACCGUGCUGGCUACUUGGUGGAUUGGCACAUCUUUGUGGGUCCAGAUGCUCGAACGCUGAAGUUAAAACAGCUUGCCUUCACCAGUACUCGACAUCAGCGCGCUGUGUGCAUGUGCCAUGCACUGUCGGCCGACGGCAAGUUUCUCGCAGCAUCAUUCGACACCAGCGCUAGUGAUAUCUUUGUAUGGCGGCUCCCCGAUGGUCUUCUGGUUCAAUGCCUCCGUAAUCAGGGCCAUAGCAAGCCUGUCAGAUCCUUGUCAUUUUCCCCCAACGGCCCCACUCUCGUCUCACUAGGGUCUUACGACGAGACCGUGAUUAUCUGGGAUGUUCAACGUGGCUGUGUACUCCGACAUCUCAUAGGACAUCAUUCGCGGGUGGCCAGCUCUGCAUAUUCCCUCAAUGGCGCGCUCGUUGCCACAGCCGACAUGACAAAAAUCAUGAAGAUUUGGGACACCUCGACCGGCGCGUGUCUGUGUUCCUUUAAUCUCAAUGAGCACGUGUAUCAGAUCACCUUCUCGCUGGAUAGCUCGCGCCUAUGGAUUCGUGCAGGGCUCUUAUAUUUCCUUUACGACGUGCAAUCCUACAAUCGUAUCACUGUAUUGCGCCACAAAAGGGAUAACCCAGUCGGCUUCUCAAUGUCCCGCCAAGGGGAUCGCAUAGUCACUGGAACAUACCACGGGAAUGGCGUGACGAUCCGGGACGCGGUAACCGGUCGAGAGCUUCUCACAGUCGACGACGAGAGAAAGCUGGUAACCCCUGUAGCAUUCUCCCCAGACGGUGCCGAGGUGCUCGUGGUCUGCCAGGGGAGCCGAAUGGCCCUCGCUUUCGACUCGCGGACGGGCCAGCGACGCCAUACCUUCGAGCUGUCACACGUGCCCCAUCAUAUCGCAUACUCCCCGAACGGAGAUUACGUUGUUCUUGCAGGUCAUCGCGGUAGUCUCGAGGUGUAUAACGCGAAGUCUCGGACGUUCGUCGGAAAGAGCGAAGGAUUUUGGGAUGACGCAGUACUACAGGAAGUUGUUUUUUUACCCGACAGUCAGACUAUCCUGUCGCAUUUCUCGAGGACCCCAGGCUCUCAUGAGCCUCUCCGUCUAUGUAAUAUCCAGGAUGUAGUGCGAUUGCGAUAGUGUCUAGCAGUUUGCUGAGCUCAACCCAUUGCGCUGUGUUGCGUGGAACAGUCAGACAUCCGGCGU